AAAUUUUUAAAUCUACCUCGUUUUGGUUAAGUAGGUCAUAACCUCGUUUUCAAACGUAAAUAAUCAUGGUGGGCAAAGUGCAGAAAAAAUUCUGAAAGCUGGAAAGAACGAGGGAUUGUAGCGCAUUGCUGUGUUUCUUUCAGUUGCAACCAUGUCUAAAAUGCUGGACUUGGCCUCUAGGAGCCGUUUGACACCACAGAAGAUAGCUGGUGGAGCAGCCGUAGCUGUAAUUGCUGUUUAUGGAAUAAAAAAAUUGCUUCAAAAAUCAGCAGCAAAAACUUCAGCUUCAAAAGAAUUGGUGUCAAAGAAAUCAAAAUCAAGAGAAGAUGUUACCAAAUCUUCAACUUCGGCACAUGUUGACAAAGAGUUUCUUUUACAUUUGCGGGGUCUCAUCAAAAUUAUGAUGCCGGGUCCAUGGACUAAAGAAUUCGGAAUACUUAUUCUUCACACAAUGUCGCUAGUUUCAAGAACGUUUUUGACAAUAUACAUAGCUAGUCUAGAGGGUAAAAUUGUCAAAGCUAUUGUACAGAGGGACGCUUUGCGUUUUGUGUUCCAGUUGUCCCGUUGGCUACUCAUUGCUGUCCCUGCAACAUUUGUAAAUUCCAUGAUUCGAUUCCUUGAAAAUCACCUUGCAUUGGCUCUUAGAACAAAACUUGUUGAUCAUGCCUAUACGCAAUACUUUGACAAACAGACAUACUACAGGGUCAGUAAUCUGGAUGGUAGACUAACAAACUCUGAUCAGUGUCUUACAGAAGACAUCACUAUGUUCACAUCUCAACUUGCCCAUCUCUAUUCACAUUUAACGAAGCCAAUUCUUGAUGUCGUACUGAUGUCAUACACACUUCACAGAUAUGCAACUUCCCGUGGAGCAAGUUCCAGGAUUCCUUCAAUUCUUGCUGGAGUGGUUGUAUUUUUGACUGCCAGAAUCUUGCGUAAAGUAUCACCCAGGUUUGGUCGCCUGGUAGCUGAAGAGGCUAAACGUAAGGGAUAUCUGAGGUAUAUUCAUUCCAGAGUCAUUGCAAAUGCUGAAGAAAUUGCCUUCUAUGGAGGCCAUGAGGUUGAGCAUAAUCUGCUGAAGAAGAGCUACAAGGCACUGGCGAGUCAAAUGAACCUGAUUUACAAGAAACGUCUCUGGUAUAUCAUGCUUGAACAGUUCUUGAUGAAAUAUGUCUGGAGUACAAGUGGAUUAGUCAUGGUAGCUGUGCCUAUCAUAAUGACCAAUGGCCAUAAACUAGAUGGGACAAGUGCAGAUGAUGACCCAGACGGUGGUGUGUCAGAGAGGACGCAAGCAUUUACCACAGCCAAGAACUUAUUGCUCAACUCAGCUGAUGCCAUAGAGAGGAUGAUGUCCUCAUACAAAGAGGUAACAGAGCUUGCAGGCUACACAUCCAGAGUAUCUGAGAUGUUUGAAGUGUUUGAUGACAUGAAGAAUGGAGUUUACAAGAGGAACUAUGUACAAGCCAUCAAAGGAACUAAAGCAGCACAUGCUAAAGUUGAUGGACCCCUCAGUAUACUAGGGGAGGUUCAUGACACAGAUACUGGCAUAAUAGUAGACCACAUGCCUAUUGUCACUCCUAAUGGAGAUAUUGUAGUAGCAUCAUUGUCCUUCCAGAUGAAGCCAGGCAUGCAUCUGUUGAUCAGUGGACCCAAUGGUUGUGGCAAGAGCUCACUGUUCCGUAUACUAAGUGGUCUCUGGCCUGUUUACAGUGGCAAGCUAUACAAGCCUACACCAGGAUCCAUGUUCUAUAUACCUCAAAGGCCCUACAUGUCAAUUGGCUCACUGAGGGACCAAGUGAUCUACCCAGACAGCCAAGAGAACAUGCAGUCUAAAGGUUUCACAGACAGGGACCUUGAGACUAUCCUGGGAAUAGUGCACCUCCAGCAUAUUGUCAAUAGAGAGGGAGGGUGGGACGCAGUGAGUGACUGGAAAGAUGUUCUAAGUGGAGGAGAGAAGCAGAGAAUGGGAAUGGCUAGGAUAUUCUAUCACAUGCCUAAGUAUGCUCUGUUGGAUGAGUGCACCAGUGCUGUAUCUAUUGAUGUAGAGAGCAAGAUCUACCAGACUGCUAAAGACAAAGGGAUCACACUGCUGACAAUCACACACAGGCCAUCUCUAUGGAAAUUCCAUUCCCAUCUAUUGCAAUUCGAUGGGGAGGGUGGCUGGAGAAUGGAAGAGCUAGACACUAACACAAGAAUAUCAUUAAACGAUGAGAAACUUCGCUUGGAGUCUCAGCUUAGUGGUAUCCCAAAGAUGCAGUCCCGUCUCAAGGAAUUGUGUUCUGUACUUGGAGAGGACUCAAUUCUAAUAAAUAAAGAGGGAGACUUUAUGUAUGAGAAUGGGGACAACAGUGGAUCUAGUGCUGAACUUGUUGAGGUUGAAAGUGAUUAGAGUCAUACAAAUUAUGAAAUGGGGCAAUUAAUUACUAAAAUAGAAGUCAUAACAUACAUGGUAUGAGGAUAGAGGUUGUAGAACACACAUAAACAACAGUGCAUUCUAAUGAAAAGGCAAAAUUAUUCCCUAUUGACAAUUUUUUAUGUACAGCAAAAUCUAUCUUA